AUGAUAUCGUCAUACCUCCAUCGGCCUGCCUCCCCCGCUCGCUGCGCUCUUCCUCACGACCAACCGCCGCAGCUCCCCCACGCACGUCCUUCCUCGCAGAUCCGUGCCAUCAGCUCGCGGCCGCCUCUCUGCGAGCGCUGCCGUCGCCCGCCUCUCUGCGCGCGUCACGGCCGCCUCUCUGCGGUCGCCCUUCCCUACCCCGUGCUCGCGUCCGUGGCUCGCCCUUCCCUUCCGUGUCUCGCGAGUCCACCUUCCCGGCGGUAUAGGCGGCGCGGCGUCCUGGUGCUAGAGGCAGCGAGGCAUCCUAGAGGCAGAUGUGGUGCAAGCGUCUGUACGCGGUCUCCAACCAGCCAACCAGCAGUGAUGGCCAGCCAACCAGCAUGCAGCGGCCAUUCAGGGCGGCGCUUGGUCAGGCUAGCCAGCCUGCGGCAGCACGCGGCCGUGGCUGCCGCGCUUCCAGGGUGCAGCCCCUCCCGUGUGAAGCCGAUAGGAUCCGGUCUGUAAGUAUGGGAAAUUCCUCGAUCCUGCGAGCGGCGGCCGUGGCAAAUGUUUCGCCUGCGUGCUUGUACACGCAGUUAAUAACAGUCUUAAUCAGUUUCCACAGGGUGAGUCGAUGCCUACAAUCUACUACACCAUGGCCGCUAAUCGCAACAGAAGCAGUCAUUGUUGUGCGCAAUGUGUC